AUGAGAGUGAUUUAUGCACUAGUAACUGUGUGUUUAGUACUAGUUUCAAUACCUAUGUUCUAUGACAAUACUGACUCUGCCCUUUGGUUGGAGGAGACAGAAGCUCACACUUUUUUUGUAACCUCUUCAAAUCGACGAAAGCUUUUACAGGACAAUCAUUAAAUGAUGAAACAGUAAAUCGAAGCUGAAGAGAUAGAAAGAGUGCUUAAACUGUAAUCUUUAUUUGCUGAAUCAAAAAAUAUUUGUUUAAAUGGAAAAGAUCCUAAAAAAUGGAGCUACGAACAGAUUGUUAAUGAAUUCAUAAAAGGUCCAUGCGCUCCAGUCAUCUUAGUUCCAGGCUUGGCAGGAACUUCCUUAGAAAUUGAAAUUGAUUGUGAAAAAUUAUAGAAAGAGAGUCCAGAAGUAUUCGAGAGUUGUGGUUGGUAAACAUGUAAUUCAUGGUAUUUUUGGUAUUCUAAACCUGAUGUCGAAUACAGACUUUGGAUUUCCACAACAACAAGCACUGUUGGCGUGAUAUAGACUAGUGCUAAAGAUCAUUGUUUUGGUAAUUUGAUGGAGUUGAAAUAUGAUAGUGCAACUCAAAGUCAUAAAGAAACUCCUGGACUUAAAGUGACUUAUUAUGGAAACACACCUAGUACCCAGAAAUAUAGUGAAUGUGGUUUAGGAGGAAUCAAAGAGAUGACCGAUGACUAUUUAAUCAAAUACAUGAUGUGUGAUUAUAAAGGAUUUCUCAACAUUGGAGAUUUAUUGAAGAAUAUGGGAUAUGUGAGUGGACUUCUAUUCUAAGCUAUUCCUUAUGAUUAUAGAAAAGGUAUCUAGUAAUCUGAGGCUAAAUAAUUAAUUAGACAGAGCAUAUCAAAUCUAAACAAAAUCACAGGAAAAAAGGCCAUUAUUUUAACCCAUUCUUUGGGAUCCCUUCAUACUCUUAACGUACUUGGAGAGAUGACUAAAUAAGAGAAACAAGAUUCAAUAGCCACUAUUAUGACCAUGGGAGCACCUUAUUUAGGCUCAUCUAAAGCAAUCAGAGCACAUUUGGGAGGUGAUCCUUCCUUUUUAGAUACAUUUUUAGGAAUGACAGUUGGAAUUAAUUACUUCAACUAAAAUAAAGCAAUAAAUUCAGCUUCAAGUUAGGUUGACAUUUACCCUAAACUUACAUUUUUCCAAUAUUAGAAUGAGCCAUGGAUGCAAGAAAUUUUGAAAAGAAUUUAAUAAGAAAAAGAGUUUAUUGAAAAUAAAACAAAUAACGUAACAGCUUUGUCUUGGUUCCCCAAUCCUAAAGAAUUAUGUACUAAUUUAACUGACUUCUAAUCGGCAUGUUUGAUUCAUAUGUAAGAUUUGAAGGAGUACUUUAUUGAAAUUGAAGAUCAGAAGUUUACUGCUUAGGAUAUUCAGGAAUUGCUAGACAAUUAUACAAUUAAUGGUACACUAAUAUCAUAAUAUUACUAAAAUUACUAAUCCAAUGCUUUGAACACAUUAUAAAAUCCUGAAGUUCCAUUCAUAGUUUUAUAUGGAGGCUUUGCUUAAACUGAAUAUCAAUUCAAAUAUCAAAGGAAUCCUUAUCAUGAAGUGCUAGAAAAAUUAGACUUUUAUUUCCCCAACCAUACAAGUUAUGCAAUAGGUGAUUAGACUGUUUUGACUUCAUCUGCUCUUACUCCUGCCAUUAAAUGGAUUUACGAACAUCAAAAUGGCUUAUCUGAAAAUCCAAUAAAAGUGAUUCAAUAUUGUUCUAAUUACAAAGGUUCAUUAUAAUAGAAUCUAUUUGAUUCUGUCAUCGAUGGAGAAAAAUAAAUAACUCAAAGCGGAUAUAUUGGAUUAGAAUGUGAAUGCUUAAAAAAAGGAGCAGCCAUAAGUGACUGCAAACAUUCGUGCUUAAUAAACGACAAAUUUGUUGUUGACCUAGUUUCAUAACUAGUACGUAACAAUUAAAAAGCUUCAGUUGAUAAAACUCCAUUAAGUAAAUAAUAAUUAGAAGAUUUUGUGAAAAAAUGCUCAAAUCUCUAGAUUUGAUUAAGUUUGAUAAGCAAAUGUUUUAUUAAUUUACAUCAAAAUAUAACACAA